UGAGCCGGGGGUGUGGAAGAGCCAAGAUGGAGCCGGCAGCCGGCGGUCCGGGCCCGCUGAUCAUGAACAACAAGCAGCCUCAGCCGCCGCCGCCUCCGCCACCAGCAGCCGCGCAGCCGCCACCCGGGGCACCGCGGGCCGGCGGGGGUCUUCUGCCCGGCGGCAAAGCCCGAGAGUUCAAUCGCAACCAGCGCAAAGACUCGGAGGGCUAUUCCGAGUCCCCAGACCUGGAGUUCGAGUACGCCGACACGGACAAGUGGGCCGCAGAGCUCUCGGAGCUUUACAGCUACACGGAAGGGCCCGAGUUCCUGAUGAACCGGAAGUGCUUUGAGGAGGACUUCCGGACCCACGUGACAGACAAGAAGUGGACCGAGCUGGACACCAACCAGCACCGCACCCAUGCCAUGAGGCUCCUGGAUGGCCUGGAAGUCACCGCCAGGGAGAAGAGACUCAAGGUGGCCCGGGCCAUUCUCUACGUUGCCCAAGGCACCUUCGGGGAGUGCGGCUCCGAGGCAGAAGUGCAGACCUGGAUGCGCUACAACGUCUUCCUGCUGCUGGAGGUGGGCACGUUCCAUGCGCUGGUGGAGCUUCUGAACAUGGAGAUAGACAACAGCGCCGCGUGCAGCAGUGCGGUGAGGAAGCCGGCCAUCUCCCUGGCUGACAGCACGGACCUGAGGGUCCUGCUCAACAUCAUGUACCUGAUUGUGGAGACCGUUCACCAGGAGUGCGAGGGGGACACGGCUGAGUGGAAGGCGAUGCGGCAGACCUUCAGGGCUGAGCUGGGUUCCCCGCUGUACAACCACGAGCCGUUCGCCAUCAUGCUCUUUGGGAUGGUGACCAAAUUUUGCAGUGGCCACGCCCCUCACUUCCCCAUGAAGAAGGUUCUCUUGCUGCUUUGGAAGACAGUGCUGUGCACGCUGGGUGGCUUCGAGGAGCUGCAGAGCAUGAAGGCGGAGAAGCGCACGCUGCUGGGCCUGCCCCCGCUGCCGGAGGACAGCAUCAAAGUGAUCCGCAACAUGAGGGCCGCCUCUCCGCCGGCCUCUGCCUCCGACCUGAUCGAGCAGCAGCAGAAGCGGGGUCGGCGGGAGCACAAGGCCCUGAUAAAGCAGGACAACUUGGAUGCCUUCAACGAGCGGGACCCCUACAAGGCCGACGACUCCCGAGAAGAGGAGGAGGAGAAUGACGAUGACAACAGUCUGGAAGGGGAGACGUUCCCCCUUGAGCGCGACGAGGUGAUGCCUCCCCCGCUCCAGCACCCCCAGACCGACAGGCUCACCUGCCCGAAGGGGCUUCCAUGGGCGCCCAAGGUCAGAGAGAAGGACAUCGAGAUGUUCCUCGAGUGCAGCCGCAGCAAGUUCAUCGGCUACACUCUGGGCAGCGACACGAGCACGGUGGUGGGGCUGCCCAGGCCAAUCCACGAAAGCAUCCGGACUCUGAAACAGCACAAGUACACGUCGAUCGCGGAGGUCCAGGCGCAGAUGGAGGAGGAGUACCUGCGCUCUCCUCUCUCGGGGGGAGAAGAGGAAGUCGAGCAAGUCCCCGCAGAAACCCUGUACCAAGGCCUGCUCCCCAGCCUGCCUCAGUACAUGAUCGCGCUGCUGAAGAUCCUGCUGGCCGCAGCUCCCACCUCAAAGGCCAAAACAGACUCGAUCAACAUCCUGGCGGACGUCCUGCCCGAGGAGAUGCCCACCACAGUGCUGCAGAGCAUGAAGCUGGGCGUGGACGUGAACCGCCACAAAGAGGUCAUUGUUAAGGCCAUCUCUGCUGUCCUGCUGCUGCUGCUGAAGCACUUUAAGCUGAACCACGUCUACCAGUUUGAAUACAUGGCCCAGCACCUGGUGUUCGCCAACUGCAUCCCUUUGAUUCUAAAGUUCUUCAAUCAAAACAUCAUGUCCUACAUCACUGCCAAGAACAGCAUCUCUGUCCUGGACUACCCCCACUGCGUGGUGCACGAGCUCCCGGAGCUGACUGCCGAGAGUCUGGAAGCAGGUGACAAUAACCAGUUUUGCUGGAGGAACCUCUUCUCCUGUAUCAAUCUUCUUCGGAUCUUGAACAAGCUGACCAAGUGGAAGCAUUCCAGGACGAUGAUGCUGGUGGUGUUCAAGUCCGCCCCCAUCCUGAAGCGGGCGCUGAAGGUGAAGCAGGCCAUGAUGCAGCUGUACGUGCUGAAGCUGCUCAAGGUGCAGACCAAGUACCUGGGGCGGCAGUGGCGCAAGAGCAACAUGAAGACCAUGUCUGCCAUCUACCAGAAGGUCCGGCACCGGCUGAACGACGACUGGGCCUAUGGCAACGAUCUGGACGCCCGGCCGUGGGACUUCCAGGCGGAGGAGUGUGCCCUCCGCGCCAACAUCGAACGCUUCAACGCCCGGCGCUACGACCGGGCCCACAGCAACCCCGACUUCCUGCCUGUGGACAACUGCCUGCAGAGCGUCCUGGGCCAGCGGGUGGACCUCCCUGAGGAUUUCCAGAUGAACUACGACCUCUGGCUGGAAAGGGAGGUCUUCUCCAAGCCUAUCUCCUGGGAGGAGCUGCUGCAGUGAGCCUCCUGGUUAGGGGACUGAAGAGGAAAGAGGUGACGUCCAGGUGCCCAGGGCCCAGCGCUGGUCACUGCAGUGUGCCCGUCCGCCUCCAGGUGGCAGCACAGCCCCACCGCGCCCUCCCCUGACAGCAUUAGCCAGGCCUCUGGUUGAUGCCCAGCCUCCUGGGAGCAGCCGUCUCUGCUUGGCACCCUCUCUCUUCCCUCCCCCCACCCCCUCCCUCGGACAUGGUUGGUUACAGCUUAUUUCUCAUUCAGCCCAAGGCUGGGAAAAGCUGGGAUGGGCUGGGAACCCAUUACAUCCAAAUUUCGGGGGUCAUGCCGACUAUUCUUGAGACGUGCAAAUCCUCGGCAGGUCAGCUUGCCAAGGAGGAGGGCUGAGGGUCAGGGCCAGGGAGUCGGAGUCCUGGUCCUGCCUUGGGGUUCGUGGUGCCGUCCCAGCCUCCCGCUGGCUGUCCCCCCGAAGCAGGAGCGGGGCUCCUGCGGCUCUCGGGCGCUCCGGUUCCGGACGGGGCUGGGGUGGGCAGAGGAGGUCCCCUCCCCAGUGGUGCCGCGUGUCCCCUGGUGUGCACGGCCCGUGAAUACCUGUGCGUGAGUCUGUGUGUGCGCGCUCGUGCCGUCUCGGGGUUUUUAACGUGUUUGUGUACUCUGUUUACAUUAAAAGGAAGCAAAAACAA